UUACAUUCCUAUAUUCAUUUUACUGCAAUUCUUGCUGUUUCCCUCGUUUGUGGUUGCAUCGUAUUAUUGUAUGACAUUUUGGUUUAGUGAAAGGGUGCAUAUUUAACACCUUUUAAUCUUAAAAGUACACGUAAAUUAUGCCUAAAAGAAAAAAUAAUGCUCUUAUUGACUCUGAUAGCAGUGGAAGUGACUCUGGAGAAAGUGGCUCUGAUCUAGAAAAUGAACUUUUAACAUUGGCAAAGAAGAAAAAAAAUAAAUCACAAAGUGAAUCUCCUGCUGAAGAUGAUUCGUCAAAGAAACCUGCUGAUUCUGAAACAUCGGACUCGGACGAUGAUUGGGGUGCGAAAGGUGGAAAGGCGAAAAAAAAUAAAAAAACACCGGCGAAAAGAUCCAAGCGAAAAAUGACCAAGUCUAGUUCUGAGGAUAGUGAUAGUGAAAAAGAGGAAUCAAAAGUCUCCGAACUAGAAGAAGGUGAAGUGUCAGAUUCCGAUGCAAGUGUUUCUGACUCAAGUCAAGAAGAAUUUAACGAUGGCUAUGACGACAAACUUAUGGGAGAUGAGGAAGAUCAAGCACGACUUGCGCAAAUGACUGAAAAAGAACGAGAACAAGAAAUUUUCAAACGUAUAGAACAACGUGAAAUUAUGAAAACAAGGUUUGAAAUUGAAAAGAAAUUGCGUAUGGCUAAAAAACAGGAACUUAAAAAACAAAAGGAGUCGAAAAAGAAAGAAAAGGGAGUCGAUGAGAAAGAGAAAAAAAUUGAAAGGGCACCGGAUCCAAAAGAACGUAGCAAAGACAGAAAGAAAACAAUCGAAGAAAAACAGGAUAAGAAAUUUCAUGCAAUGUCUUUACUUAAGGCAAGAAGAGAAGAAAAGAAAGAAAGAGAGGAAAAAGAGAAACAAAGGAUAGAACAACAACAGGCACAAUCAAAGGAUGAAGAAGAAGAAUUGGAAGAUGAUCACAAAGGUGGAAAUAAAACGAAACUUAAGGCUUCCGAUAUUUAUUCCGAUGAUAGUGGAUCAUCGGAUAGUGAAGUAGAAGACGAUUCAUCAAAACAAGUUUCUAAUCGUAGAUCAUCUUCCAGUGAUGAGAAAGAUUCGGAUUCUGAUAACGAUAAGAAAUCCGUGAUGAGUGCAAAGACAAAAAUAAAGAAACCAAUUUAUGUGAAUACAAAAGAGGAUUUAAAUAAAAUUCGUCUCUCUCGACAUAAAAUGGAAAGAUUCGUUCAUCUUCCAUUUUUUGAUCGAGUUGUUCAAGGUUGUUUUGUGAGAAUUGGAAUUGGUAACAAUAAUGGAAGACCAGUGUAUCGUGUGGCUGAAAUAAGUGGUGUUUGUGAAACUGGAAAAAUUUAUCAAUUAGGUGGAACUCGUACAAAUAAAGGUUUAAAACUUCGACACGGUGCUCAAGAACGUGUUUUUAGAUUGGAAUUUGUUUCGAAUCAAGAAUUUACGGAAUCAGAAUUCUCUAAAUGGAAAGAGACGUGCGCUCUUCAGGGUAUAUCGCUUCCCACAUUUGAAGAAAUUGAUCUUAAGACCAAGGAUAUUAAAGAGGCAAUGGUUUAUGAAUUCAAAGAGGAGGAUAUUGAAAAAAUAAUUCGUGAAAAAGAAAGAUUUAAACAAACACCAUAUAAUUAUGCAAUGAAGAAAGCUAAUUUAAUGAGAGAAAGAGAUGCGGCUAAUUGUCGAGGUGACGAUGAAGUGGCAACUCGUUUAAAUUCAGAACUCAAUGAAUUAGAAGAAAGAGCAUCAGAAUUGGAUAAAAUGAGAACUGCAUCCAUUUCGAGUAUAUCUUAUAUCAAUGAUCGAAAUAGAAAAAGAAACGUAGAGGAAGCUGAAAAAGCAAUCAUGGAAGAAAUAAAAGCAACUAAAGGAAGAAAAGUGGAUGAUCCAUUUACACGACGUAGCACAAAACCAAGAAUGGUAUAUAAACCUGAUGAUGGAGAAAAUCCUGAAAUAAUACCUGAAGUAGCAACACAUUCUGUUCGUCCAAUUGAAAAAAUUUCUACAUCCAACGAAAAGGAGAAUAGUCAAAAAGUUCCUAAAAAGCAAAGUACCGAAGAUUUAUUCAAUGCUCAUAAUUUCGACAUAACAAUUGAUUUGGAGGUGCCAAUUCCAAGUAAUCCUGUUAGCAUAUUACCUAAGCCAAUAAAUAAUAUUAAGGACACAGGACCUCGAAGAUCAUUAAAUUUAGAAGAUUACAAGAAGAAACGUGGCCUCAUCUAACACUUCAUAAAUUAUUACAUUGUUUAAAAAAUAAUGCGUUUUUGCGGUCACCUUUCAUUUUUUUUUUAAAACUUAUGCGAGAAUAAUCAAGAAAAAUACUACAUACAGGAAAAAGGAGUAAUUUAAAUUUGGAUUCAUAAAAUACGUUGUUUAUGGUAUUUAUACUUCUGAUUACGUUUGCUUCCAUUUUUUUUUUCAUUAGAAUAUUUAAUUUAUACUUAAAUGAUUAUAAAUCGUGUGAGAGGGAAACAUUUUUGUAAACUUAAUUUUUAAUAGUGAAAUUAUUGACAUGCUCGCGGCAAUUAUUUCUCUUGAUCACCAUAUAAAUUACAAAUUGGUAGUUUGUUUCUUGUUUAUUUGUUAUAUGAAAUUAUUAGGCGAAAUAUCGUCAAAAAAAAAAAAAAAAAAAUGUCGAUUUGGUUCAGAUGCAAUUUGAUGUAGUAAUUUGAGAAUAAUAAAUAACUUCAGAAUACAAUAAAAAAAAAACAUAAGAAUGAAAGCUUUUGAAAUGAAAACGAUCCUUUCAAAGAGUAUUAUUUUUGAGAUUCUUAUAGAUAAUUAAUUCUGAUGAGUUUUAGUUUUUAUUUUAUUAGCUUGAUUGAAUCGUAUAAUUUUAUAUCCUUCGACUUUAUUGUUCUAUGAAAAUUUUUGACAUAUAUUUGACAUGCGUCAAAUUUUCAAAUAUUAACAUUCAGUUUAUAAGCUUUAAAUAUUUUUUAUAUGAUAAAUUUUUUAAAACAACUACAUUUUGUUGCAUCAGCCACUCGACAUAAAAUUAUGUAUUAUAGAAAUAAUAGAAUAAACUGAUAGCUCAAUCAUACUCAUUUCAAAUGUAAUCUACACAAACAAAAAGAAAAUUUAAUUUUUUAAACUGAUUUUAGCAAAUCUAAUAAUCAUAAUUAUUUGUGAGAAAUUAAUCCGAUUAUGUAGAAAACUUUUUUCUCACUGAAUUGUUAUCAGUUUUUAAAGAAUUAUUAACUUUGAUGUGCUUAAAUAAUUUUUUCAAGUUAAGGAUAUUGAAUAUUCUUAUACUUGAUUUCAAUUAUUUCAUUAAAUAUCAAUAUGAGUACAAAUUUUAUUCACAUAAAAAAUUUGUGAUUGUAAUAAGUGUGUAAUACAAGGAAGCGAUGUUAAAUAUUUUCGAUUAGAUCAUUAUAGUGUUUAGAACAUUUAAAUCGCUUCGUUAAAAGCAAAUAAUUUUAUUUAAAGGAUUGAAGUAAUUUAUUUUUUUUAUAGUUUCUUUUCAAAUUAUUAACAUACUUAGUUUGUAAACAAGCAUUUUUUUUUAACUUUGUAGAUACUUAUAGAAGAAAAGGAAAAUGAAAGAUUAAAAUAAACCGAAUAUUCAAACUUGGAGAAACUUCUAAAAAAAAAAAAAAAGAAAAAGAAAAGGCUGUAAAUAAUUGCUAAGCAGAAAUUAAUAGAAUUUUUCCAGUAUCAUGUUAUUAUUUAUAGUGUAUGUUUAAUAAGAACCGAUAAUAAGUAUUUACAAUUAAUUGUAAUCUAUUCCGUACCAUUAGGUACAGGUAUUAUAAAAUUAAAAAUGCGUUUGCUAUUAGUUAAAACAUACAUUGUAAAAAAUAGUUAUAACUGAACCAUCAUGUUCAAUAAAAUCAAUUCUAAGAACAA